CAGUUGCACUUGUGAUGUUGAAGAAGUAGCACCUACAGUUGUUUAUAUAUUUAGAAAGGGCAAAACGCUGCAAACCGAUCAGAGGCUGACGCAAAGUGGUCAACUGGGACUGUUCCAGGGGAGAGCCCCGCAAAAAGGAAAAUCUACUGGACUGUGUUGUUUUUUGUUUUUCGCUGGAGGAAGAAGAAAUUCCAAGGUAGUCCAGACAACGGUCGGAUUUGUGCUGUGCCUGCCCGACUGCUCGCCUGCCUGCUCGCUGCUUCGUACUGUCCCUGUCCGCUUCCGCCAAGGACAGAGCCGCCGACGAGUGCGGAGAUUCGAGAGUUCGUGUGAACUGGAAACAAAAAAUAAAACAAGUCAGUGUCCUUUGAGCGUCGGUGCUUACCGCAGGGAAGGAUGAAAACCAUUUCGAAUGAAUGAACUUCGGUUUGGAUCUGGCUCGAAUCAGGAAGCGUGCAGUGUUUCGCAAGAUUUCUAGUGGUUAUCAAAUUCAAACAAAGAAACCAGUGUACGCUUAAUAGUUGGGAGAGUUACAUGUUGCAAACGUUUGAAUUCAGCCCGAAAGUGAUUGUAGUUUUUAUCAGCACCGAAACUGUGAUUAUAUUUAGUUGGUUCUAAUUUUAACUCAACGAAGUAGCUGUUGCUGACAGAGGUUCCGAAAACGCUGUAACUGCAGCCGCUUAUCAACUUGAGCCGACAAAGUGAGGGCUACCAAGUUCACGCGCGAGUGACACUUUUUUGUUUUGGUACGUGUGUGCGUGUCUGUGUGUAAUCGUCAGGCGGACUCUUCUUGUUGUUGUUGCUGUUGACCGUUUCCACGUGCUGGUCGCGUUUUGAAUGUGUACUGUGGAACUCUACUGGAUUGAUUUCGUAUUCAUUUUCAACAAGAACUGCUCAAAGUUAAUCGUGCCGGUGUACUACUGGAUCAUUCUGCUCUGCUGUCGACUGAUCACCGAAAGCCAGCAUAAAGAUGCGAUCAGUUUUGGUUAACCCGGCCGGAGCCUUGCUGAUGGUUCCAGUGCUAGCAACACUGCUGUCACUUCUCGUGCAUCAAAUUAAUGCUACACCAGUGCCGGCCCCGUCCAACAAUGGCGACGGUGAUCUACUGCUUCACCACAUCACACGGUCCCGGUACUGUGGCCGAAAGCUGACGGAAACGUUGGCGAUGCUCUGCCAAGGUCGCUAUCCAAUGAUGAGUCACCAUCGAUCAGAAUACCUUUCGGAUCAGCCCCAUCUCCCGGUGGAAGUUGAGGUGGCCACCCUGCCGGACAGUGGUGCGCACGGAUUUCCCUAUUCACGGUCCAAGGGCCACCGACGGGUGCGCCGAGCAGGGAUCUACGAUGAAUGCUGCAAAAAGAGUUGCUCGUACAACGAGCUGAGGAGUUACUGCGAGUGAUAGUCGGCCACGAGAUAGAUAGAUUCACAACAAGAACGUACAAACGGGUCCGGUUCUUGCCUUCCCUCCAGCGCUCGAUCGAAUGGCAGCAUGGGGAUUCUGCGGCGACGUUUUAGGACCGCCCUGGUGGCAGGCUGUUUGGGUAUCUCAGGCGCAAUGAUCACCACAAUUGGGCAAAUAUAUGUGCAAGUAGGCGGAUAUGGAAGGAAUGGCUUUCUUUCGUGACAAAAAAAAACAUACUUCGACCUAAAUGAUUUGUAGGAUUAUUUAAAACAAAUUUUCAAAUGCUUUACUUUUCAAAACACACGCUGUCACGCGAACAAAGCAAAUUCGCGAGUAUCAAAAAUACAAAAUGUGACUGAAGUAUUGUAAACACAAAACUGGGAGCGGAAAUAUAUUUUUAGUUCUCAAACAUGCAUUUCUGUGUUAGGGAACAAGGAACGGAAAACGGGCUUAAUUCGUUUGUAUACAAUUGAAUAAAAUACUACUUUUUAGGAAAGCUUUCCUUGUUCCCUGAAAUCUCCCCUAUUGUAUUUAUUAGUUAGAAGAAAAAAACUACAAAAUAGCAUAGUAAGCGAACAAACAAUUCAAAUGCAAGUAUAUGUUAUUCAGCUGGUUUAUUUAUUAUUGCUUCAUAUGUUAUCAGUUUUAUUUGUCUCGAACUGCUAUACAAGCUAGAAAUAUUGCAACUUAAGACGAAAGGAGACUAUCCGGAUAUUGUUGGAAGUGAUUCGGUCUCCUUACGCCUUUUUUACGAUGUAAACAUUCGAAAUUCGUUCGAGUACUAGUUUUUUUUGUAUUCAGACCCUAUUCUAUAGUGAAAUAGCACAUAAGGCAUCAUAUUUUGUACCGAUUGUGAUCACAGAGCUUCAACCAUACGGGAGAAGCAAAACGAAACAUAAAAUCAAAAUUAGGUAAUAUUUUUACAAUUCUAACCGCGACUCUUUAUUUCAAUGAAAGAAUCAUUCCCUCAAAACAACCAAUUUCUGUUUUAUGGUAUACGGAUUUCCGUCAUUUACCUACUGUGCUCUUUCAAAUGACAUCGAUUUUUACGUGGGUUUCUAUCACUUUAUCGUAAUAGGAAGCGGCCAUCUUGAUAUUCCGAAUGGCUACCAAUAACUCGUUCAGCAACAUG